CGUUUCCUUGCAGUCUGGACACUCAGGUGUUUUCUUCUCUUCCCACCAGUUUUUCAGACAUGAUCUACAGAAGCUGUGGCUGCAGGACAGGACAACAGGCUCUUUGAAGAUGUCGUGGCAGAUGGGACAGCUCAUUUCCACCGUGGGACGCGGACCCUGCGCAGCUCAGACAAACCAAAGCAUCAGCUAGUUCCUGAAGUUCAGUCAGAGCUGAGGCAAACUGAAAAACUGAAAAAAAAGCUAAAUCCAGUUUCGUGUCAGGAGAUGAGAGGCCUGCUGACGACUCAGAGCCAGAACUGCUACAGGGAGCAGAUCCAGAAGGAGAUGAUGACUCGUUUAGCCUGGAAAAGCCGCUACGCCAAGCUCUACCCGUCCUCCUGCAAACAGGAAGACAUCAGCGCGGAGACCACGCGACUCCAGCCACCAUCUGCUGAGCCUCAGGCAGCUGUGCCUCCUGUUGUUAGGGAGCAGGGUGACCUUCCUCCUCCUGUUCUCCCUGUGGAAGGUGAACAGCAGCUCAGCGCUCCUCCUCUGAUGAGGCCGGUUUCUCCACAAACUAGACGUGCUCUGUACCAGGACUCUCACCACGGGAAAGGUCGGAGUCUGUACCUGCGGAGACGUGGACACAUUAGACCUGAGGAGAAGUUUGACUUCCCCCUGCUCUCGUCCUGGGAGUACGGCUGGAGGUUAGGUGACUAUACUCUGGAUUACAGAACUCCGUCCAGCGCCCGGUCGUCGGUGGUGAAAAACACCUUCUACACUAGGAACGGUGUGUUCAACAGGCCCUCAGCCACCGACCCCCUGGGCUGAAGUCCAGCUAACAAACAUCCAUGUGAUGUGUUCAGAUCAGGGUCAGGGCUUUGUUGGUAUCAUAAACCACCACAAUCGUCAGAUUUUAGGGCAACAAUAACCUUUCGUAGUCUUGUUUGAAUAUGGCUGAUGCACUAUUUUGCUGUGUAAUUCUUAUUUCCAUCAAAUCCCACCCAAACAAUCUGAUUGGCCACGUCUCACACCAAAUCUUUGCAGGAGCGUAAUAAAUUCCCAGCAGAGAGACUCCAGACCAACUUUCUACCAACUUCUAAUAAAACUGUAGGUGAGGAAGUUGGUCUGGCCUCCAGGCUACAGCAACAAUAUAAAGAUAAAACAAAACUUUGUAGUUUUUUUCUAUUUGUUGAAGAGCUUUAAUUCUGACUUCCUCAACAACAAAACUCACUGAUAAAAUCUGUGACAAAUAUUAACCUGUAGCUCAGAGGUUUUGUUCAAUCAGGAACGAUGAUGUAUGAGAUGGAGGAGAUAAAUCUUUAACCAUGUCUGUUUACCACCCACUCAGCUGUAAGGUUAAGUGACCAACAACCUGACACUGUGUAAUGGAUAAUUAAUAGACUCCUGGUCUGAGCUACAAAGAACCACAGGAACUUUAUACACUUGAUACCUGAGAGUUUUUUAAACAAGGAGCCACCAGAGGAAAUGUCACACAGCACCACGUUAAAUAUUUGAUUCCUAAUCACUCAUAAUUAUUUCUGUCUUCCAAACAGUGUGUUUCUGUUAUAGAUAUACAGAUGUAGCAAAAACUUAUGAAAAACCUAAAUAUGAUUAUGUUUGGCUUUGUGUUUCAUUAAAAGGUUUGAGCACCAUU